ACUUGUUCCUCCUACCUACCAAACACAAACCAGUAGAACCGACCCUUCGAAAUGCCUUUCAUUCCUGUCCUUGACCCCGGGCUUUAUGCGCACGUCAUCAGCAGACCCCAGCCCACUAUCGUCCAUUUCUGGGACUCAGAAGCAAGUCCACCUACCCCGGAAUUCCAAAUCUUGGAGUCGGGAAACUAUCCCGGUAGCGAGCUUGAGGCAUUCUUUGUUGAUCUUUCCCGAAUCCCUGUUCCAAACGCCCCGAGCAAAGUGCCUGUGACGAUCCUCUUCAGUCAAAACACACAGCUGGAUACUGCCGACACCGGAGAUAUGGACAAAUUCGUCCAGCUUCUUCAGCAAGCAGCUGAGCAAGGGCUUUGAAAUCAUGAAGCGGCGCCUUACCACGAAUGAUGCAUAUGCCAUGUUAGGGCACCGGGCCUUAUGGACCCGAAGAGGGUUAAAAAGGACCUUACUUAUUGUAUCUAGCUUCUUUUCCCCAAGGAUCA